GCAUUGCCUUGCCCUCAGAAGACCACAUCAUUCUCUCCUCUGCCCUUCCCCUGACCCCCAUUUCAGACCGGUAUACCCUUCGCCACCGCCCCUCCGCCCCCAACCAAUUUUCUCGCAGCAUUCCAAGAAAAAUUCUCACCCUGACCAGAGAGAGAAAGAGAGAGAGAUUGGAGAGAUGAGGAGACAGGACAGUCAACUGUCUUCUACUUCUCGCCGGGAAAUGGGGCCGGGAAACCACCACGCCACAAGCAUCGGCUGCAUGUCCGGCAUUUUCCAACUCCUUUGCACCUACCAUAUCCGCCGCAAGUUCCUCACUCUCGGGAAAAAAACUGCGGUCUCAUGUCCCAAGGAGGAGGCGCUUCUUUCCAAAACGCAAUCAGCGACGGAAAGUAAUAACAAAAAACACGGAGACAUCGUCACCGAUGUCCGGAGAUUAUCAUGCGAAGUACCCAGAAGCCCGACGAUUCCGGCGGAUAUCCGACGAUGGAAUUCCAUCAACUCGCCGGACAACUGCGGAACUCCACCGGCACUGGUGGCGCGGCUGAUGGGGUUGGAGGGAGUGCCGGCCCAGGAAACUGCCGCGGAGAAGCGGCGGAAGCUUUUGGGAGCAUUGGAGAAAUGCGAUGAAGAUUUAAAAGCGCUGAAGAAGAUAAUAGAGGCGCUGCGGUCGGCGGAGAAUCUUCGACCGUCGCCGGUUGUGAAGAACGUUAUUGUGGAAGAUAGUGGAGAGUUGACGAAGAAGAAGAGGGUUCCGGAAUUUAAUGGCGAGCAGCCGAGUCCGGUCUCCGUGCUCGACGAGUUCACUCGUUCACCUCCCAGCACCUACGCCCAAAAAUAUACUAACGGGAGAAGAGGAAUGCGACAGCAAAAGCAACAACUAGUGAGGAAGAAACCCGGAGAAGACAAUGACAUUAAAUUGUCAGCAGAGACGGCAAAGCAAGUGGAGAAGAUCAAUGCAGAUGAGAGCAGCACAGCGCAGCAGCUGCCAUGGUAUUGGAGCAGCAGCGGAGGCAUGAUAGAGACCGUGGAAGAAGUUCGCAGGGACAUAGCAUGGGGGGAGAAGCGAGAGGUUGGGAGAAUAGGGUUGGCCCUGCAAGAUCACAUCUGUAGAGACCUGAUCGAAGAGACUGUAAAAGAGAUGGGUUGUUGUUGCAUCAUCCCCAACUCUUUGCCUCUGGAGGCUUGUAAGAGAAGAUUGUGUUUCUAACCUUAACUUAUUAUUUGAUGGCUGUGUGUGUGCUUUUUUGCAUCCAUCUUAACAUAUAUAUGAAAACAUAGAUAUAAUUGGAUGCGAACUCUAGAAGGGACAUAUUAUUAGUCCUAGAAUUUGAGACUUUUAUAUAUAUAUAUU